GAGAGCAGGGAGCGCCAGCAGCAGGACGGGCGGCAGCUCCCAGCCCCUGCCCCGACAGGAGGGCCCAGCCCUGAGCCGGGCCGGGUGUGGGGCUGCCCCAUCCUUGCCCCCUGGACCCAUGGGCGGCAUCGUCUCUCCAGGGUCCGAGGAUCCUGGAUUCCUUUGGUGACAGGGGUUUGGCCUCUGGACAAGAGACUGCAUUUUGAAGAACUGAGCCAUAGCCACUGGGCAGGGGUCCUUGAACUGUCAUACCAUGCAGAAAGCACUCCUGGAAGGGAGCACCAGGCCAUUUUUCAUUCACGACUCCAGGACUAUGAUCAGGCUCUAGGAGAGCUCACACCUCAUUGGUGGAAGGCUCAGAGCAGACAGAAGGCUAAUUAAAUAAUUAACUUCAAGCAGCGACUGACACAUGGCACCCAGCCCCACUGAGAGCUUGUUGCCUGGGCACACUGUAGUGGACCCUGACCUGCUGCUGUGGGUGCCAGGUGGAGAAGGAAAGCUUUCCUCCCAGCUGCUCUGAGAGCUGACGGGCACUCGCCAGCUGGUGGCCGGCCCCUGGAUGGUGCGGGCUGGGACCCCCUGGCCCCCCGAGGAUGGUGCUGACGGCCCAGUGAGCAGCGGCUGCCUCAGGACAACCCCCGGGUGCCUCCACCAUGCAGGGCAUGGGCACGCGUGACAAUGUCCCCCCAGCCAAGGUCCUGGCUCCGGUGGCCGUGUACUGUGGGAGUGUCCCCCGGACCAGUGCCGGGCUCCGUGGGCUCCCAGGCAGAAGUGUCAACCCCAGCCUGCAGGCCAGUGGAGAAGCCUCCCUUCAGCCAGUGCCGGGCAUCCUGCUGGAGAAGCCGGAGCAGCUCCUGAGUGGCCGUGGGGACCCUGGCAGCCUCAAGCAUGACUCUCCUUUGAAGGGCUGGCAGGUCAGGAAUGGCCACCCCAGGGGCCUCGGGGCGCUGUCUCUGGGGCCCCGUCCCCUCGCUGCCCUCCCCUCGCUGGAGUCGGAGGCCAAUAGUGUGGCCCGGGACACCACCCAGAUCAAGGACAAGCUCAAGAAAAGGAGGCUCUCGGAGGGCUUGGCAGCAUCUUCCCAAGCCGGUCUGGGUCCUGGCGGAGGCCUCCUGAGGAGCGCCCUUCCCCGGGCCACCUCGCAGAGGCUGCUGAGGGUGCCCAGGCCGAUGCCCCCCAUCCAAAGCAUCCCCCCCACCCCUGAGGCCGGCGGAGCCAAGGAGAAAGGCCCGGACUCACCGGGGAGCAGCCGGGGCCCCCCAGAGCUGAGACCCGGGGCCCAGGAGGUGCAGAUGUCCCCACAAUACCUGCACUGCAGGGACGAGAAGAUGAGCAAGUCUCUCGGGGGCAUUGUGAUCCCGCCCAUCCCCCCGGCGGGGCGGCCCUCUGGGACCUCCUCCGGGGUGCCCAGCUCCCCGCCCAGCCCCCCACCUCCGGGCCUGCAGGCCCCAUGCACGCGAUUGUUUCGGGAGAGUGGGCCUCAGGAGAAGACCCCUAAAUCUCUGGAGCCAAGACCUUCGGCCCCGCCCGUCAGAGUCAGGUCUGCAGCUGCCGAGAAGCCUGCCCUGCCUUCAUCUCAGUCUGCUCCUGCACUGACAGCCUUCUCCUUCAGCCACGCCAAAGAAGCCCACGCUUUGCUAAAAGGAGAGGACCAGAAGGAGAGCAGCACCAAGCUCCAAGUCACCAUCUCCAAGUCUGCCCAGGAGAAGCUGCGGCUGAAGCAGAUGAAGGAGAUGGAGCUGUUUCAGAGGGUGAAGGAGCCAGAGAGGGAGCUCGCUUCCCAGAACCUGGGCUCGGGGAGAACCCUGAUGAAGGAAGGCCUCCUUCCCCUCCGGGGCAGCAGGACCCUGUCUGUGCCCACUGGGCUGAGCAGUCCACACAGAAACAACACCGGCAUUGUCCUGAGGAAGCGCGCCAACCGGUCCUCGCUCCCCAGCAUCCCCGUCAGCAAGCAGGAGCCCGGCUUUGCCCGCCACGCAUCAGCGAACUCCUUACCUGCGGUGCUCACUUUGGGGUCUCCGGAAUGGGAAGAGGAGGAGGAGGAGCUGGACCUGCGAGCCUUGAAGGAGUUGAGACCGUUCUCGAACCCAGAGCUGGGGCUGGUGGAUGCCCUCCAGGGCCUCAGCAGCAGCGACUGGCAGAUGAAGGAGAGGGGCCUGGCGAGCCUCCGGCGCCUGGCGGCCUGCCACGCGGACGUCCUCGCCGGGAGGCUGCACGACGUGACCUUGGCCGUGACUGGGGAGGUCAUGAACCUGCGCUCCAGGGUGUCCCGCCUGGCCAUCGGCACCCUGGGGGACCUCUUCCGGGCCCUGAGGCGGAGCAUGGACCAGGAGGCCGAGGGGGUCGCGCGCUGCCUGCUGCAGCGGAUGGCCAACACCAGUGAGUUCCUGCAGAGGGCCGCGCGCCGGGCACUGGGUGCCGUGGUGGAGAGUGUGACGCCCGCCCGCGCCCUGCUGGCCCUCACCGCCGCCGGCGUCUACCACCGAAACCCCUUGGUCCGCAAAUGCACAGCCGAGCACCUCUUGAUUGUCCUGGAGCAGAUGGGUGCCGAGAAGCUUCUCUCAGGCAGCAGGGACAGCACAGACUUGCUGGUGCACAACCUGGUGAGGCUGGCCCAGGACUCCAACCAGGACACCAGGUUUUAUGGCCGGAAGAUGGUGAAUAUCUUGAUGUCCAAUGCGAAGUUUGACGCGUUUCUGAAGCAGUCCCUCUCGUCUCACGACUUGCGGAAAGUCAUGGCGGCCAUUAAGCAGCGGGGAAUAGAAGAUAAUGAUGAACUUCCAUCCGCCAGAGGCCGCAAGGUGACGAGGAGCCUGGUGGUGUGUGAGAACGGGUUGCCCGUCGAGGAGGGGUGUGUGCCCAUCCCUUGGGGCUGCGCGGGUCAGAUGCUCCUUCCCCAUAGGCUCGUCUCCAAUGGGCCCCGGCUGCUGGGGCUGCGCUCCUCCAUAAGGGGUGGCCUGGAGACGGUGGAGCAGCUGCGGGAGCUGACACGGCUGCUGGAGGCCAAGGAGUGCCAGUCUCGGAUGGAGGGCGUGGGGCGGCUCCUUGAGCACUGCAAGACCAAGCCGGAGCUCAUCACUGCCAACCUGGUCCAGGUCUUUGAUGCUUUCACUCCAAGGCUCCAGGAUUCCAACAAGAAAGUGAACCAGUGGGCACUGGAGUCCCUCGCCAAGAUGAUUCCCCUCCUUGGAGACAGCUUACACCCCAUGCUGCUCUCCAUCAUCAUUGCCAUGGCAGACAACCUCAACUCCAAGAACCCGGGGAUCUACGCUGCUGCAGCAGCUGUGCUGGAUGCCAUGCUCGAGAGCCUGGACAACCUGUGCCUCCUGCAGGCAUUUGCGGGGCGCGUGCGUUUCCUGAGUGGCCGUGCGGUGCUGGAUGUCACAGAACGCCUGUCAGAUGAGAUUCAAUGGAGAUUUUGCAGACCUUUGAAUUGGAUUUGUUUAGUGAAGCCUGAUCCAAACCCAGCGAGCAAGCUCUCAGCCCUGUGGUGGGUGCAGCUCCUUGUCCCACUUUAUAAAGUGGCUAGAGGCCCCUGUCCUGUAGGAGGCCUUUCCUGGAGAAGGCUGACGUGGCUGAGUGUUGGUGACCUCAGUUUACCCCCGGAAGCCUCAGGCCGUGGAGCGGCACGUCCUGCCUGUGCUCUGGCACCUCCUGAGCAGUGUGAAGGGGAAGGGCGUCCUGCCCGGGCACAGCGGGAGCCUCCGCGCCGUGCUGGGCCGGCUCUGCAGGAGCCUCCGGGAGCAGAUGGGCUCCCGGCUGCAGGACUUCACUGCUGGGCAGCCAAAGCCAGUCCUCAAAACACUCCAGGAACUGCUGGACACGGAAUCCUCAUGAGACCACCGCUGGGUCACCGACAGACGGCCAGGCCUCCAGCGGGACAGCGGGCAGCUCACACCCCUUUCAUUUGUUAUUUUUUAUUUGCUUUUUGUGAUGGACUAAUCUUCCCCUGGGCCAUCCCUUAGACUUCCAGAUGUAUAUAGUCUAUUUUGAAGUAGAAAUAAAAUAAUUACUUAUUUUU